AAAAUAACCAAAGUUCUGUGGUUUUGUUGAACAGUGAAGGUUAUUGCAACUUGGAUAGCAAUGUGAUGCUAGCUGGAUGAUGUAUUUAACCAUAGGUUGGUCUCCUGGCCCCGAGAGAGACUCCCAGAGGCGGCGCUGUCCCGUUGCAGUACUCAGGGUCGGCCAGAGGCGGCGCUGACCUAGUGCAGUAGCCAUGGUCGGCCAGAGGCGGCGUUGUCCCUGUAUUCCUUUUGGAUUCCAACGACAUUCUCGAUUGUUUUUCAACUUGACUUUAUAAGUUCGAAUGGUAAAGUACUCUAGUUGUAAUAAUAUCAUAGACAAUGGAAUUAAGUGAAAAUCUUGGAUUAGAGACUAAUAAUAAAAAAUAUGGUAUUUGGUAAAUAAGAAUGCGUUGGUACUCUUAUUCUGAAGAGAACAUAGAGUCAACCGGAAGUCGCUUGGCGUAGUUUACUAACUCCGUGGGUAAAACGGCCAUGGUCGCUGCUCGUCUGGCCCUGCAGCUCUGCUCUCUAUCCGCUUCCCCGACCCACUGAACACGAGUUGCCGGGCUGAGGAGUCGCUGAGCGGGGAGCCGGCGGCCAGGCGACGCGCGUUUCCCGGUAGUUCGCGCGGGCCGACGCCCGGCCUCGCCGUGCGGGGACGCGCUGAAGGCGGAAGACUGCGCAUCAGCAGCAGCGGGAUGCUACACGGCUACCGUGGCUAGCCCGCCGCAGACCUGCUGCGAGUUGCCCGGAGGGACCGCCGUCUGAGCAGCGAGGGAGCUCCGCGGUCCUCUGGUGGCUGAGGGGAGCGGCAGAGGAGCUCUGAGCCCGCAGGGAGACACGUCCACGGAAGACCGUUACCACCAUGGCGAGCAGGAGGAAGUCGACCACGCCCUGCAUGCGCGCUCCGCAGGAGGUGGUGGCAGAGGACUCUGACCAGGAGAUGCAGGGGGAGGAGGAGGAGCUUGGGGGAGAGGAGGAGGAGGAGGAGCUGGAGGAGGAGCUGGGGGGCGGCGAGGUGAUGGAGCCCGACCUGGACCCGGCGGAGGGCGGGUUCGAGUGCAAGUACUGCCCCUUCCGGACGUCGGAGGUGAAGCAGUUCACCCAGCACGUGGACCAGCAGCACCCCCAGGUCGUGCUGAACGCCUCCUACGUCUGCCUGGACUGUGACUUCCACACCAAGAGGUACGACGCCCUCCUGGAGCACAACGUGCGGCAGCACCCCGGGGAGGAGCGCUUCAGGAGGAGCAUGCUGCGCCGCCACAACCACACCGUGUUCCAGCAGAGCGCCGGGGGGCUGGGGGCGGGGCCGGAGGGGGAGGGGCCGGAGGGGCACGGGGCGUGCCGCGGCAGCAUCGCCCUCAGCAAGACGCCCAUCAUGCGGGCGCACCGCCGCCGCCACACGCCCAAGAAGUUCCUGGCCGCCCGGCCGGCCGACGACGUCAUCAAGGUGGAGAGCGACGAGGAGGAGGAGGAAGAGGAGGAGGAGGAGGAGGAGGACAGGGAGAACAUGGAGCCCCCGCGCCUCUCCCCGGCCCCCCCUCCGCCCCCGCCGCCGCCCCGCCUGGUGACGGCCACGCCCCUGCAGCUGCAGCACGGGCUCGGCGGCGUGCUGCAGAUCAAGGCGGGCGUGGGGGGCGGGGUGCUGCCCCCGGGGACCCUGGCCCAGGUGCUGUCCGCCCUGCAGAGCCAGCAGGGCGGCGGCGGCGGCGGGGGGCACAGCCAGCUGCUCAUCCCCCUCAGCAGCAUCCCCACCUACAACGCCAGCAUGGACAACAACGUGCUGCUGCUCAGCGCCUACAACAGGUUCCCCUACCCCAGUGUGUGUGAGAUCGUGGGCCUGUCCUCCCAGACCCGGUUCAGCGAGGAGCAGAUCAAGGUCUGGUUCUCCGCCCAGCGCCUCAAGCACGGAGUGAGCUGGACCCCCGAGGAGGUGGAGGAGGCGCGGAGGAAGAAGUUCAACGGCACGGUGCAGGGGGCGGGGCACCAGACCAUCACGGUGAUCCCGGCGGCCAAUGGGCUGCAGUCGCUGUUCCAGACCUGCCAGCUGGUGGGGCCCCCCGGGCUGCUGCUCACCCAGGCCCCCAUCACCCUCGCCGUGGCCCAGCAGCCCCCGGCCGCCGACGCCCCCGCCGAGCCCAAGAGGCAGGCCUCCCCGCCGGGCCCCGGGGCCGACCCCCUGGGGGCCAAGCCCAAGAAAUCCAAGGAGCAGCUGGCGGAGCUGAAGGCCAGCUACGGCCGCCGGCAGUUCGCCACGGAGGCAGAGAUCGCGCGGCUGAUGCGCGUCACGGGCCUCACCAAGCGCGCCAUCAAGAAGUGGUUCAGCGACACGCGCUACAACCAGCGCAACGCCAAGGAGCACCAGGGGGCGGUGCCGGGCGAGGCCCCGCCCCCCGACGGCCCCCCCGGGGAGCCCGCGCCCGGCGAGGGCGGGGCGGGCGGCGGCGCCCGAGCGGACGCGCCGGCGGCAGCGGCGGCUGGCGGCGUCCCCGCGGUGACCAUCGUCAUCGACUCCAGCGACGACGCCAGCGACGGCUCGCCCGCCUCCGGCCCGGCGGCCAGCGACCCGCGCGUCAAGUUCCGCCACGCCUUCCCCGACUUCACGCCGCAGCGCUUCAAGGAGAAGACGGCGGAGCAGCGGCUGGCGCUGGAGGCCAGCUUCCUGACCUCGCGCACGCCGUCGGACGAGGAGCUGAGCCGCCUGCGGGCGCACACCAAGCUGACGCGGCGCGAGGUGGACGCCUGGUUCACGGAGCGCCGCAAGGCCCUGGAGCCUGACGCCGACCCCGAGGGGCCCCCGCCCGGGGCCGCCUCCUCCUCCGGCCGGGCCACGCCCCCCUCCGCCCGGAAGGUGCUGAAGAAGACCCCGGAGCAGCUGCACAUCCUGAAGACGGCGUUCGUGCGCUCGCAGUGGCCGACCACGGAGGACUACGACGCCAUGGCGACGGAGAGCGGCCUGCCGCGGAGCUACAUCGUCAACUGGUUCGGAGACACGCGCUACGCCUGGAAGAACAGCAACCUCAAGUGGUUCUACCUGUACCAGAGCGGAAAGGUGGAGGAGGCUCUGAAUGGGGGUCCAGUGAAGACCCAGAAGAAGUCUCGGAAGCGGUUCCGGGGUUGGUCCCGUAGAACCCGCCGCCCCUACCCCUGCAGACGCUCGCCCCAGCCCAGGCCCGCCCCCGUCAAGCAGGGCGAGGCGGUGCUGCGGGACCACUACCUGCUGUACGGCGGCCUGGAGGAGCAGCAGCUGGACGAGCUGGCCAGCCGCUCGGCGCUGGGCUACCAGGCGGUCCGCGACUGGUUCGCUGAGGCCGGGCGCCGCGCCGAGCAGGGCCUCGCGCCCUGCAGCCCCGCCCCCGAGACACAGCCCCAGGGCAAGGACCAGGACAUGGAGCCGGGAGCCCAGGGAGAGGAGGAGGAGGAGGACGAGGAGGAGGAGGAGGGAGAGGAGGAGGAGGAGCAGGAAGGGGGCCGGGGGGAGGAGGAGGAGGGAAUGGAAGAGCAGCAGCAGCAGCAGGAGGAGGAGGAGGGACGGGGGGAGAAGGUGGAGGAAAAGGAGGCGCAACGGGGGGAAGAGCAGGUGGAGGAGGAGCAGGAUGCAGCAGCACCAAUGGGAGAAGAUAAAGGAGCAGCAGAACCAAUAGGAGAGAAAGGAGCAGCAGAACCAAUAGGAGAGAAAGGAGCAGCAGAACCAAUAGAAGGAGAGAAAGGAGCAGCAGAACCAAUAGAAGGAGAGAAAGGAGCAGCAGAACCAAUGGAAGAAGAGAAAGGAGCUGCAGAACCAAUGGAAGAAGAGAAAGGAGCGGCAGAACCAAUAGAAGGAGAGAAAGGAGCAGCAGAACCAAUGGAAGAAGAGAAAGGAGCGGAAGAACCAAUAGAAGAACCAAUAGAAGAAGAGAAAGGAGCGGAAGAACCAAUAGAAGAAGAGAAAGGAGCGGCAGAACCAAUAGAGGAAGAGAAGGGGGCGGGAGAUUCUGAAGCAGUCAGCCAAUCACAGCCUCCGGAGAAGCAGGAGGAGACGUGAUGAUGAUGAUGGUGUGGGGGGGGGGGGGGGCGGGGGGGGUUAAAGUUACAGCAUUUUUGGAUUACAAACAUUCAGGGGAAAAAGGUGUCAGGGGAACCCCCACAGGAAGUCACUGCGCUUCUCAACAGGAAGUCACUGCGCUUCCCAACAGGAAGUCACUGCGCUUCUCAACAGGAAGUCACUGCGCUUCUCAACAGGAAGUCACUGCACUUCUCAACAGGAAGUCACUGCGCUUCUCAACAGGAAGUCACUGCGCUUCCCAACAGGAAGUCACUGCGCUUCUCAACAGGAAGUCACUGCGCUUCUCAACAGGAAGUCACUGCGCUUCACAACAGGAAGUCACUGCGCUUCACAACAGGAAGUCACUGCGCUUCACAACAGGAAGUCACUGCGCUUCACAACAGGAAGUCACUGCAGCUUUUUCUGGCUACGUGUUAACUGCCAAAAUCAGGGGUUUUAAGUUUAUACAAAGAACUGAGGAAAA